ACAAAAACUUGUGGGGUUGCAUGACAAAAGCUGCAUCGUGCAGCCAAUUUUUUCAACACGUAUAUCUUUACUCGAGGCAAUUCCCUUUCCUUUUCAUAUAUUAGAAAUUUUCUUUUUUUGAGUCUUUUUCAUUAUUAGAUCUCAAAACAACACCCCAGAUAGCUCUUGACAGAACAAUUCUCCAAACAAAAUGGCAUUAAGCAACAAUGUCAUCGGUGCAAUCAACUUUGUUGCUAUGCUGCUCUCAAUUCCAAUCAUUGGUGCCGGAAUCUGGCUUGCAAAUCAACCAGACAAUUCUUGCGUGAAGAUUUUGCAAUGGCCUGUUAUAGUUUUGGGGGUCUUAAUCUUGGUUGUAGCUAUCGCAGGCUUUAUAGGAGGGUUCUGGCGCAUCCCCUGGCUCCUUAUCGCCUACCUUGUCGGCAUGCUCAUCCUCAUCAUAUUGCUUGCAUGCUUGGUUGUUUUCAUCUAUAUGGUUACCAUUAGAGGUUCAGGCCACCUUGCACCUAGUCGCGCGUACUUGGAAUAUCAUCUGGAAGAUUUUUCAGGCUGGCUUCAGCGAAGAGUCAGAAGUUCUUACAAGUGGGAAAGGAUAAAAGUCUGUCUCAGCUCGACAGAGAUGUGUGCCCAGUUGAACCAGAGUUAUACAAUGGCUAUAGAUUUCUUUAAUGCUCAUCUAACUCCAAUAGAGUCUGGAUGCUGUAAACCACCUACUGAAUGUGGAUACACGUUCGUAAAUCCAUCAAACUGGAUCAGCCCCAUCAACAACAUAGCAGACCCGGAUUGCAUACAGUGGAACAAUGACCAAACCCAACUCUGCUACAACUGUAAUUCGUGCAAAGCAGGAUUACUUGCAAAUCUGAAGGAAGAAUGGAGAAAAGCCGAUAUAAUACUGCUUAUAACUCUUAUUGCUUUGAUAUGUGUAUAUUUGAUAGGGUGUUGUGCCUUUAGGAAUGCCAAAACUGAGGACAUAUUUCGAAGAUAUAAACAAGGUUAUACGUGAGGAUUCUAGGUGUAACCUGAUCGUGGGGCCAUUGGGGUUGGUUUGAAUGGAGUUUUUGAUUUUAUGACUUUGUAUAAGCAGAUUCUUUCCUUGUUUACA